AUUUGACGCAGACAGAAACGUUAGUGCCUCAAAAGCGUCUCUCUCUCUUCUUCUUCUUCUUCUUCUUCGCUGUCUCUCUGCAAACGCAACGGGUUCGCACGGCUAUCAGCUAGCAUGCUAAGCUAACCCGUGCUAACACGGCCUGUGCCCCGGCCUUGCCUGGCCCCUUGGCUCGAAACCUAACGCGGGCCUAGCUAGCUUGUCUUUCACUUCGAUAAUUUGGAAAGUCGGAAUCCGGGCUGGCGGGUCCGCACGCGGGCCUUACGUCGGUCCAGCUUCGCCCAUCAGAACGCCAAAACGUUGCUAGCGUAGCCGAGCUCGCCCUCUAAUCAAUUUUCGUUACAACAAGCUAGCUGGCUAGCCGACGGUUGCUAGACAGCUGACGGUUGGCGUGCUAACCCCCCCCCAAGCUAGCAGACGCUGUAUCCAAUGCAUCAAAAAGCACAGUCAGACAGGAGCGAUUCCGCUUGUUGACACGGUCACUUUUUCAACGCGGAGGCCCGCGGGCGAUGGAGUCCGGGCAGCAGGCGUUGCCACGCGACGUGCUCGACCACAUUUAACGGCACACGGCUGUCGCCAAAGCGGUGAUAAAGCGGCAUUUGUCACAGGUGAUCACAGUCUAGCUAAUGGUCACUAAGCUAAUUUGGCUAGCCGCUACGGUUCAGACAGCUGUGGUUGCUUUGGUUAUGUACACAAGCGGUUGUCAUGUUCGGAGGAAUAAGUCGUGUCAUGGAGCCAACUUGAGUAGCUGUCAACUUUUGAAGUUGGUGAAUUUACGGGUUUCAGUCCGCCUGAGCCAGCUGCAUGGGGUCACGGCUAGAUGGAAUGCUAGGUUGGGAAUUAAUGGGUUUAAUCCGGUCUGAGAGACCGAGGUAGAGGUCUUGUUCUUCAGCCAGAGGAGGGCAAAGCGCGUAACGUUACUAAAAGGAUUCUCCGUAAACAGCACGCGCUUUGUGCAGGUAACUUGCGUUGCUACCUGUUACCUGCUCUUUAUCUGACAACAUUCUGGCAAAUGCGUUUCUAGAGAUAAAUGAUCGGAAUUUCAUGCAACGGCGGUUUGUCCACCACCAAAAACCUGCCCUUCGUUGCACAGUCAACCGAACGGAGAGCAGACUGACGUGACAUGAACUUUCCAAUCACUGACGGAUAAAACCACUGCAGUCCUUAUUUAAAAUGAUGAACAAACAAGAGUAAAAAUGUGAUCCAAAGUUCCCGAGGAUAAAGUGUUGGUGUUUGCUGGAAUGAAAAUGCAUAACACACAUAGUGUGACAAAUUCAGCAGACCUUAAAUGUCUGUUCAGGGUGGACCUAUUUCCUGCAACAUCUUUUAAAGUAUAUACUUUAUUUUAAAAGGCUCUCACUUAUUACUACGUAUGAUUACUUUUUAAAUAGCUUCAUUCAUUUGGCGGUCUUGGUGUUGGUAACAUCCUAUAAUCCAAAUGCUAAAGUCGAGUUCACCAGCUGCUCUUUUAAGUAAAUCGUAGAUAUUCUUUCAUCGUUACAAGCAACAUGUUCUUCUAUUAACCUGUACGAGAAAACGCCUGUAAUGAGAUCCACACAAGCCACUUUGUCUGAUCGUGUUCUAUAAAAUCUGGACAUUGAGAGGAGACGUUUUCAUUUACUUGAGCUGCAAAUUCUGUUACUCAAGAACCUUUUGAAAAAUAGGAAAUCCUCGAUAAAAUGAUUGACUGCUUUCCCUUCACUUUCAACAAGGUGCACUUUACCUUCCUAAGUCCCAAAAGUUUGACUGUCGUACUAUUUUUGCCGACCUUUCUAAAAUCUUCGGUGACUCCGCAGUGGCGUUGGGCUUUGUGUGUGUCCUUGUCCUUAAACGCACACACCCUUCUGCGUAUCAUAACCUAAUCACGAACCCUUUAAAGUUUAAAAAAGAUGCAGUCGAUUGCUCCUUGCAAAGAGUUUAGUAACGUUCAGUCACUGACGUUUCAUAUUGUCAUCGUAAAAACAACUUGGACAUUUUAAACAACCAUUUCUUACACUGUUGCUCAAUCACACACACACACACACACACCGUGCAGCCACAAAGGAGUCCAGGCUGCGUUACUGGUGGGCUUUUAUUUACACGCAAUGUCCUGACUACAACAACCUCUGGUGUCUUUCUGGGUCCUUUCUCGCCGUCAGUCUGUCUCCUGCUUGUUUCUGCCAACGAUAGAUGUGUAAAGGCCAAAAACAUAAUCUUAAUAAAAGAUCCACCUGCAGCAAAACGGUUCCAGAUUAGAGGGUUCCGUGUGGGACUCGAGAGUCGGGAAAUGGUGGGCAGUAAACUGGAACCAUGGGAAUACCACCACCACCCAACUGCGUUCGCGAGCCGAUACGCUGAACACGCUCUGAGGGAAUCCGUCGCAGCACAAAACAAACGGUAUAAAAUAGUGAAAGUGAAGCCACUCCUGGUCCAAACUUCGUCAGCCAGCACCUUCCCCAGUCGGAUGGCUCCGGAAGACGAGAUGCACUAAUGGAAGUCCACGCACAGUUUAGCUCCGUAGCUAUGAAGCAGCUGAAAGGGUAGGGUCUGCUGCGAGCUUGCCUCACCCUACCCCCCCUCCCCCCACCUACCCCCACCCUCUGUCCACCGGCCAUCUCCUCCACCACGGCUUCGGAAGACCGCCAUGAGGUGCGUUGCGAACACGCCGAUUGAUGUCUGAUAGAUAUACCUCUGAGGCGUCGAGCGUAAAACCAGUGGAGCAAUGAAUGGCGGAAAGAACUGUGAGGCGGGAGACGAGAGGCCGGCCGCCCCUGUCCAGGUCCCCAUUGGCUGGCAGCGCAGGCCGGAGCGCGGCGGCGGCGGGCUCGUAUACGUAAGUCCCAGCGGCUCGGUGCUGUCCAGCUUGGAGCAGGUGAAAACCUACCUGCUGACUGAUGGGACCUGCAAAUGCGGCCUGGAGUGCCCACUCAUCCUCCACAAGGUGUUCAACUUCGACCCCGGGGCAGCUGUCAAGCAGAGGACGGCGGAGGACGUGAGAGCGGACGACGACGUCACCAAACUCUGCAUUCACAAGCGGAAGCUUCUGGCGGUGGCCACGCUGCACCGGAGCAUGGGGACGCACCCGCCUCUGACGCUCACCAGUCCGGGGGGAGGUACAUCGUCUGUGGUCGUUGCGCAUUCCACGUCUCAGCGAGCAAUAAGGACUAAACCCCACGACGGCCUGCCCAAUGCUGUUGGCCCAGACUGCAAGAUUCCUUUCAAGAUGAUGAUGAUGGCAGUUGGACAGCAGCAGCAGCAGCAGCAGCAGAGGCUGUAUCCACCCCAGGAGAUGGGUGGAGCUCAGCAGCCCGAACUCUACCCGGGCUACCCCAGGCCGCAGAGGUUGAGCAGUGGGGAGCCGGGCCCCAAAUCCCCUUACCGGGUGGGGUAUGGGCGCAUGCUGAGCCCACCUCUCUCCACUGCCAAGCUGUACGGAGAUGGCUCCCAUUCCCCCAGUGCAGACACUGUGGGCGGCCUCGAUGGCUUUCAAAGGACCAAUUCUUGUGGGUUUCCAGGAGCCGGUAGUCCAGGCUCCGCCUCCAUCCACAGGAACACGAGGACGCCUCUUUCCCCACCCGGUUUAAUGCUCCAUGGCUCCCCCGCGGGCCAGCCAUCUUGUGCCAUGACAGGGAGGACUAGCACGCCCCUCUCCCCCACGGCCACUGCCAAAAGCCCUGUCAUGAACAUGCCUCGGGGGAGCUUCCCCCCAGGGAUGGACAUGUCCCGUGCAGCAUUUCACCAUAAAACACAACCCCCUGUGCACCCCGUACCACCUCCUUCAUCCAUACAACCAUCCUGUGCACUUCAGAAAAGGCAGUUGACCUCUGAAAAAGACCCAUUAGGUAUCCUGGACCCCAUCCCCAGCAAGCCAGUCGGCCAGCCCCCCGGCAACGCACCAAACGCCUCCAACUUCCAGCCCAAUAUCCACUCUCAGGUACAAAUGAUGAAUGUAAACACCCCCCCUCCCGCCAUCGUUCCCUUGCCAAGCAACUUACCUUUACCCACAGUGAAGCCUGGGCCUGUGGGGCAUGGCAGCCACGUUCAAAGGACUCAACAGGGGGGUCCAGCGUCCUCCAUGUCCCCCUCCCCUGUCACGUCACCUGUCCACAUGGCGGGGCCUGUCCUUGGCAGAAUGGAGGCCUCUCCUCAUCGCUCACGUUCAUCCUCCACCUCCUCUGAACAUGGGAACUUUGCAUUGCCCUCGGGGCACCAGGCCCCGUGCGGCAGCAUGAAGGUUCCUCCUCGUUCCCCCAGGUCUGCCAUGGGAUCUCCAAGGCCUUGCAUGCCCUCCAGCCCCUCCACCAACAAAACUGACGUGCACCACCAGUACAAAGACCCCCAGAUGCUGCCCGGCAUGGGAAACUCAAUUGGCCUCCAGCAGCACAGCAACCCCAUGUACUCGCCCACCUCUUGCUCCUCGUCGUCAUCCUCUUCUCUGGCAACCCCGAGCGCUUCCCAGAAGGGCCACCCAGGACUCCUGGGUAUGCCCCUCAACCAGAUUCUCAACCAACAGAAUGCCGCUUCCUUCCCGGCCAGCAGUCUCUUGUCAGCCGCAGCCAAAGCACAGCUAGCAAAUCAAAACAAACUCGGCACCAGUGGCAACAGCCCUGCGGGCAUGGGUGGUGGUGGUGGAGGAGGAGGAGGUGGUGGUGGUAUGGCAGGCAUGGGGGCUGGUGGUGGUAACGGAGUAGCCGGUGGACACCCUGGCUCUAUGAGCGGCCCUCGAGGCAUGGAGGGGCACGGCACUUUAAACUCCAUGCUGCCGCCAAACUCCACCAUGCUGCUCAACACUCCCGAGGGUCAGAGCGGUCGGGCGGCCCUCAGAGACAAGCUCAUGGCCCAGCAGAGAGACCCCAUGCGCAAACGGAAGCAGUCCUCGGGCAGCGCCGCCGCCGCCAACCACGACAGCAGUAACAACAUGGUCUACAACAUGCUCAACAAGAGAGGCAUGGGGGGACCCCACAUGGCGGGGCCCAGCGCCACUGAGCAGCUUCGCAAAGUGGGCCGACUCGGAAACCUUCCCCCCAACACCUCCAUGGCCCAGCUUCUUCAGUCCAUGAGCUGCCAGAGCUCACACGGCCAUCGUCCAGGUCUCAGCCCGGGGCCUCAAGGACCCGCACAGAUGCACUACAACGACGGCACCGGAAUGGCCCCUGCUGGCCCUCCGCAGAACCUCCUUGUUCAGCAGAGGCUCCGGGUGCCAGGAGACGCCAUGCAGCACUGCCAGAACAUGGACACCUCCGGGGGCCAUCUGGGCCCUCGUCCAGGCCAGUUCCCUGACACGAUAGGCCAGAUGCAGGCCUCUUCCAUGAGUAACUGUGGGCCCAUGGGGCCAGGAGGUGGACCAGUGGGUCCUGACGGCAUGCCGCUGGGACGCCCCCACGCCAACCCACCACCGCUGUCCCAUGCCGGCCCUCACCCGUCACAGCAGAACCUCCUUCACGGAAUGGGAAGAAACACCAUGGUGGGGAUGCCACACGGAGGUGGUGACGGAAGCUGUGCACCGACCAUCUCUGAAUCGGGAAACCCCUCGUCCCUCGGCUGUGGCAUGAGCGGCCUGCAGCCGCACGGCAGCACCGGUGUGGGUCAGAUGUACCAGCAGCAGGUCCACCAGGGGAUGCAGCAGGGGGUGGUGGCCUCCCACCCGGCCUACCAAGGACCGCCACACUUCUCUGACGACCCGGCCUACGCGGACAGAAGCAACGCCGGCUCCAUGGCCUGCCUCUACCAGAACUACCAGCCGGGGAUGUCGUCUCACCCUCAGUUCCGGGAGGAGCAGCAGCCCCACGGUGAAGGGCUUCCCGGGGGGGCAACCGGCGGCGACAGGGGCCCGGGUGGAGGCCCCGAGUCGGUGGACGCCAUCUACAGAGCCGUGGUGGACGCCGCCAGCAAGGGCAUGCAUGUAACCAUCACCACCACGGUGAGUGGGACCACACAGGCGAGUCCGGUGCCCGCCCUCAGCGCCAUGAGUGCCUUCACCGCCUCUAUAGGGGAGCCGGUCAACCUCCCCCAAGUCGUCAGCUCGGUGCUGCACCGGCACCAGGAAGCGGAGGCGUUACCCCAGCAGGCCAGGCCGAGGCAGGUGAGGCCUGGACGGGGUCAGAAGCACAUGGACGCGGGGAAGAGCACUCCAGACGGCCCCGAGGCCGGCGACUACUUCCGCUCUCCCGGCCGCGCGACUCCCAGGGCGCAGUGGGACGGGGAGACGCAGCACGUGGGGGGCUUCGACGCUCACAGCAACAGCAGCGCCUGGGGUGGCGAGGAGUUCCUGGAGUGCUCCACCCAGGUGAGGAGUAGUCCCUGCAUGGAGCGUCCUGCCAGCCUGGCCCCCGCCCCGCCCUGCCCCAACGAGGGGUCCGGCGACCACGGCCUGGUCAUGGCCCACGACAAGGCCUUUUUCGACGACGGCUAUCGCUUCAGCAACUGCCACCGGGCCCCCGCUAACUACAAGGAGCGUCUGGAGCAGACGGUGGAGCGCUGCGUCCACAUCAACGGCGCCACCCCCCACUUCAAUGCCCGGGGUUACGGAGAGGUGCUGGGCCCCCCGCGGCAGGAGCUGACGGGGGACGACCAGUCGCCCAGCUCCUCCACCAGCCUGGAGGGACCUCUGGCCACAGCCAAAGACUACAGCCACUACAACGGCCACUUCAACGGUAUGGCGCCCAGCCCCUCGGACACCAAGAGCCUGAGCAGCGAGGAGGACCUGCGGCAACCGGACUCUCCCUCCUCAGAGCUGCUUCACUACCGGUCCAGGACCUUCAACAUGGGGGAGCUGGUCUGGGGCCAGCUCAAGGGCUUCCCACCGUGGCCCGCCAAGCUGGCCGGGGACGAACAAGUGCACAGUGCUGCCGUGCAGCUGCGUGAGCAGGCCAAGGUGGAGCCAGAGAAGCUGAAAACACUGACUCACGACCUGGAGGCACUCGAACGAGCCGCCAAAAGAGGCCUGAAACCGGGGAAACUGAAUAAUCACUUGGAAGCUGCUAUCCACGAGGCCAUGAGUGAGCUGGAUAAGAUGUCUGGCACGAUCCCGUCCAGAGAUCGUCAGGUGAAGCUGCCCAAGCCGAAGAGGAGGAAGAUAUCCAGAUAACAUUGAAUGUGUCGGCCCUUCGGAGACGUUGUUGUCUGAGCUCUCUAACAGGUGCUACACGUGGACUUUCGGUGGUACAUCAACUUGACUUAAUGACCACAGAAGGUGCUGGAUAUUCCAAACACCAAUACAGUUCAAACUGAAGAGCAAGAAACUGAAAAACCGGAAAAACAUUGGUUGCGAUUUGUCUACAGCUCACUGAAUUAACUAUUUUUUUCUAGUAUAAGACAGUAAAACGAACAAAAAAAGCGACAAGCAUAACUUUACAUAUUUAAGAAAAAUAGACAGUCCAAAUAUUUCUGAUACAUUUUCAAUAUGUAUAUAGAUAAUCCUGAAAUUUCAUGCUAUUAAGAAAUGUAUGUAAAUAUUGUACAAUGUCAUGUACAAGCAUACCUAAUGCACAUUUUAUCUUUUAUUGUACAAAAACAAAGCAGAGGUGUACCAAUGUCUUGGUUUCUAUUGAGACAUGCGGUGGCGUACGGCCGCAUGCGUAGGAUAAAUAAGAACGCAGCCUAAAGCUUUUAUACGAUGAACUGCGAGACGCGCUGUUGUUUCGUUACGUUUUUUUGUUGUGAGCGAACAGCAGUGGAGCGAGUUACGUCAGUUCUUCAUCACGAAAGUCACCCAGUGUUCCUUUUGUAUUUGGGGGAAAAAAAGGCAGAAAACAGAAUGAACUUUACCAGCCCAAAGUGUUGGAGUGUCCCAUCAGCGGGUCGGGGGGGGGGCGACGAUGGUGGAAGGAGCCUCCACACCAAAAGCCUGCCCCGUCGGGUUGGCAGAAGACUGCUUUGGGUUCACCAGCUGCUUCUUUUCUUUAUUUGAGGGAAAACUCCACCCGCAGGCUCUUUUCAACAUCCAGUGUGUUUCUGAAUCAUUUUCAUUUCUGUGCAACUAUUUGGAUAAUAAGUAUUUAUUUAAGAAGAUACUGAGAAACGUAAGGGUAUUUUUAAUGUUAAUAAGUUAAUGAUUAAAACAAAAACAAGCAACAGGCAGGUCAAUGGACAAUAAAAAACACUCAGCAUUCCCCAUUAGCGCAACUUCCCCAGCUAUUUUGAUUCAAUUAUUAUCAUUAAGCUAAUUUCUUACCAUGAAAUACUUUCUCAACCACUUCCCGCCCCGUUUUUUUAAUCAAUAUUAAACUGAUGCAGCUUCUGGAGGUGUGACCUACAUACUCUAACUGCAUUAAACCGGAUUACCCAGAGGACCCUGAAUGCAACACAACCUAAAGAGCCUUCGGGUGGAUUCCUCAACCGCUGUCAACCAUCGCCGGCUGCGUUGAUGGAUUCCGUCAUUUGGUUGUUGUGAUCAUGUUCUCGUGCUUGUUUGUACAGUGGUUUUUGUUUCCAUGGCGAUAGCUUUAGGUAGAGUAACCGACCUCCAGUCUAGAUCCUCCACAGGGACACUAACGCGGUUUCCAGGAGCAGUGGAAGCAUUUCUCUCAUUUAGGGGCCUUGUGUUACUAUGUUUUGCUUAUUAAUGUAAAUUAUUUAUGUACAGUACUCCAUAUUUAUUUUAAGCUUUACAAAUAUGCUAGAUGGCAAUAAUACUACCAAGAGUUGAGAACUCAAGCCUUAUAUGUGUAUAUGUAUGUUUGUUUUUUUAAUAGAGAUGUAUUCAGAGUGUUACGAAGCUCGUGUUCCCGCUUAGGAAGCGAGCAUUACAGAUUGCUCCUUAUUUUACAGGCAGGUUUUCUGAUUUUUUUUUUUUUCUGGAUUUCUUGGCUAAAAGAAGAAAAUGUAACAACGUCUGCGUCCAAAAGACCAUACUAUUUAUGAAUAUGCACAUCUGACGCCGUUAACGAUGGUAAUAAAUGCAGUUUUAACACUAACGAAGCAAAACCAUCACUUGAUCAGUCAUGAAAGCCACAGUGAGCCCAUUAUUGGGAACUGUGGACACACACACACGCGCACACACACACACACCUCUGCUCCUCCAGAUCAAAACAACCUGAAAUCGCAACAGAAAUAUCAAGUGCAAUAUACCGCUGGAUGGCAACGAUCCUCAUCUUAGAAACUCUGCGUCUGUGAUUGUCUGAGACCUUCUAUCUGGUGCUCGUCCUCAACAUGCAUGCUCAAAAACUCAUGAAGUAGUAAUUUAUUUGUAGCUUUAACUUUGACGUGUACACACACACAGCUGGCUACAAUGCAUUUAAUUUGAAUUUUUUGCAAAGAACUCAGCGAUUACAAAUGUUUCUGACGAUAACUUUAAAACCAAAUAGCACACUACGUUGUAUAGAAACCCACUGAAACAUGAAGACACUACUAUUGAACUAUAUAACUUUUAUUCCUAAUAUCCUGAACAAACUGAAUCACAACCCAGAAACAAGCCAAACCCUUCUGAUUUUGUCAUGGUGUACUCGGGUUUAAGAACACAACUUGGGUUGUGUGGUAUUUUCUAACCAGAUUCAUCUUUUUGUGUUGUGCACACUGAGGAAUAAAAGGGCAAUUUGAAAAAUGUGCAGCCUCGCGAGGUCAGAUAACAUUAUUUAAAGAUAAAGAUCAUCGGGCUCAACACUUGGAAGUAUUUUAUUGGCGUAAUCCGUGUUCAUAAUGCCCCUAAUCCUUCAGUGUGCACACCUACGUUUCUACUGUAAUCUGGAGCGGAGGUCUCGGUAAAGUUCAUUCUGCCCCCCCCACCCCAUUCUUUGUGCAAUGACAUGCAGGAACCCGGUGUCAUGUUGGGAACCCAUGUGUUAUGGAUCUGUUCUUUAACCCGUUUCAUGUCAUUUGUGGUCACGAGUUCAAAGCCUUUCUGUGUUUGCGAUGGUGUGUGUGUGCAGUCGCUUUUUAGUUUGUUUUCCUCCCGCCUGUGAUUGUGUGUUGAGGUUUGAGUGUGAUGGUUGUUUUUCUGCCCUCUGAAUCUCACUUCCCCCCCCAGCCCGUCAUUGUCAGUAUUUUAUUUUGUCAACUUGUAAUGAAGUAUAUAUUUUCUCACUAAUAUAUACUUUACAAAGAAUAUACUUGCGUGAAGUAUGAGGUGCACUUGAUUGCUCUUGUUUGUUUUUCUUUUUGCAUUAACGUGGACUCGGCAUAGUUUGUCGGUCCAUUCUUUUCAGAUUGUUUGGACUUUUUUUAAUGGUUUGAUGUAAACAGCAUUUUUUUGUAAAUAUUGUGAAACAUUACAGGUCAUGCAGUGAUGCAACAUUAUGAAUAAUGUUGCACAGAUGUUUAAGAUAUUAAAAACAUGGUCACUCUUACUUGAAUAA